AUGUCUCAGCCGGUGAGGCAACGGCUUGACCCUUCCAACACACCUCUCGCGGCCAACCCGAGUGGUGCCCCGCCGAAUUUUGCCAACCCUCCCUCUUUGGCAGACUCUGUGUUCUGGGUUGGUUUGGUGUUGGGGAUCGUUACCACCAUUUUCGUUGUUCUGCGCCUGGCCACAAAUUUGAAGAUUAAUCGCAAGCUUGUUCUUGCCGACUACCUUUGUAUUUUGGCACUUACUCUAAUGAUAUGUUACUAUGCCUUGAUUGCAAGCUUGGUUAAUACAGCGAGGCAUACGUGGGAUGUUCCUCUAAGUGUCUUGACUCCUUCCUAUCUCAAAAAAAUCGCUGCUGAGAAUUUCAUCAUCGGCCCAACUCUCUGGUCUUCAAAGGCCACUAUACUCGCGCUGUACAUACAGCUAUUCGAGAGUAAGAUUUGGAUGCGAUGGACAUCAAUCAUUGCUCUCGUCACCAUGUUCCUAUUUUACUGGGCCAAUACCCCGCUGGCUGGCGUGUUCUGCGUCCCACACAAUGGAGACCCUUGGGAUGACCGGAUCUUGACCAGCUGUUCCAAGCUCGCGAUGAUGGGUCCUAUUCAGGGCGCUGUCGGUCUUGCCGCUGAUCUUUUUAUUCUCAUACUACCUCUCCCUAGUAUGUGUGGCCUGACUCUUCCUUUUGGGAAGAAGGUUGGUGUGAUGGUAGUAUUUUUGGCAGGCUUUCUGGCUGUGGUUGCCAGCGCGGUGUCUCUCCAUUACCGCGUGAGCACUUAUACUGGGGAUGAUGCCCUCUGGAAUGGAUCUCUUGUCACUAUAACUACGGGAUUACAAGGACUGACUGUCGGCUGGACUAGAUUUGCAGAGGGGUUUGUGACCAUCAUCGUCAGCUGCGCACCUGCAAUGGCCUCGCUUUGGAUUAAUAUCAUCUCCAAGUCAAAUUUCUACACAGCCCUCCGCUCGAAAUUCCCCAACUCUGCAGAAAUCAGGAGCGCAGAGAACAGGAGCUCAGGCUAUAGCCAAGAGAGGCUACCACCACGCGACUCAUAUCGUGACUCAAAUCCGAAUAUAUAUAACAGCCAGGCGUACGAGCUUUCCGAUGCAGCUUACGGCAGACUAGUUACGGAUACCCAUUCUUCUCGCAAGGAGAUGUUGGGCCUGAAACCCACUAUUACGAAUUCUACGGCUAGUGAUCAGAUCUCGGAGAUAUCAAGCAUUUCACAGAUAUCGAAGGCGUCAGUGCAGUAUUAG